AUGGAGUGGGUCAAUGAGACAGUGGUAGGAGAAUUCGUCUUCCUGGGCUUCUCAUCUCUGGCCGGGCUGCAGCGGCUGCUCUUUGUCAUUUUCUUGCUCCUGUACCUCUUCACCUUGGGCACCAAUGCUAUCAUCAUUUCCACCAUUGUGCUAGACAGGGCCCUUCACACUCCCAUGUACUUCUUCCUUGCUGUCCUCUCCUGCUCUGAGACCUGCUACACAUUUGUCAUCGUACCCAAGAUGCUGGUGGACCUGCUGGCACAGAAGAAGACCAUCUCCUUCCUGGGCUGUGCCAUUCAGAUGUGUACUUUCCUUUUCCUUGGCUGCUCUCACUCCUUCCUGUUGGCAGCCAUGGGUUAUGAUCGCUAUGUGGCUAUCUGACUGCGCUAUACAAUGCUCAUGGGACGUGGGGUAUGUGUGGGGCUAGUGGCUGCUGCCUGUGCCUGUGGCUUCACUGUUGCCUUGGUCACCACCUGCCUGGUAUUUCACUUGCCCUUCCACUCCUCCAACCAACUCCAUCACUUUUUCUGUGACAUAUCUCCUGUCCUUAAGCUGGCAUCUCAUCACUCCCGCCUGAGUCAGAUGGUCAUAUUCAUGCUUGGUGUGUUUGUCCUGGUUAUUCCACUGCUACUUAUCCUGGUCUCCUACAUCCGCAUCAUCUCUGCCAUUCUAAAAAUCCAAUCUUCUGGUGGAAGACACAAGGCUUUCUCUACCUGUGCCUCACAUCUCAUUGUGGUAACGGUUCACUAUGGUUGUGCCUCUUUCAUCUACUUAAGGCCCAAGUCCAAUUACUCUUCAAGCCAAGACACUCUGAUAUCUGUUUCUUAUACCAUCCUCACUCCAUUGUUCAAUCCUAUGAUUUACAGUCUAAGAAAUAAGGAGUUCAAAUCAGCCCUUCAACGAACAAUGGUCCAGACUUCAUUUACUGUUAAUUAA